AUGGCUCGCAUCCACUCGAUCGUCGCGUUCAGCGUGGCGCUCCUAGCGACGUUGUUAUUCACCUGCGUGUAUGCCGCGGACGACCAGGCGCUACCCUGGGACGGCACCUUCCACGACCUGGCCGUCGAUACGCUCACGGACAAAUAUCUAACGCAUAUCCUGACCAACCGCCAGAGCGGCACCGUGAGCCCGGACCAGUGGGUUACUAUCACCAAGAAGGGCCGCUCGCCCGCCUUCAACGGUGACACGGGCGUCGCCACACUGGCCGUGGAUUCUGAGGCCAUUUUCGGCGGGCAGACCAAUUUCCGUCGCUCCGAGCUGGUGCAAGACGUCGCGGGAAACACGGCUGGCACCACCUUCUUCCGCGUGAGUUUACUGAAGAAGGAGGCCUACGUCAACCUGUACUCGUGGCAAGUCGUCUUCCCGGAGUCACACCUGUUUGAGAUCCGCAUCGAUGCUUCCGUGGACCCGGUACAGCUCGUCUGGUACACUGGCGGCAGCACCGAGACCCGCUGGUCGACGGAGUUCAAGACCAAAACCUGGUAUAACUUCGGCAUCGCCGUGUCUGCGGGUAAGCUGGCGCUCUACUUCAGUGAGGGCGACGACGCUUUGGCACUCACCAAGACCGAGACUUACAAUGGAGCUGUCCCCACGGACUACGAGUUCCACUUCGGCCAGCUCACGCUCUCGAAUGACGGCAGUGCUGUCAAAAUGGCGGACAAACAGGACGUGCUGUCGUUCAACGGCGUGACGGUCGAGAACGGUAUCCCCAGCGACCUCGGCUCCCCGACUUCGAGUGUCGCCAGCUCCGGCACGGGCAGCGAGAGUGCGUCGACGCCAGCCAGCACACCAGCUCCUGUGGCUACCACUGGCACUCCCACUGUAACUGCGGCGACUCCGUCGACGGAGACGAGCGAACAAGAUUCGGCAAGCGAGGCCGAUACUAAUACCGGUAGUGAAGCAGCUGAAGAGACUACCGAAACACCUGCCACGACCACCGCUGCGCCACCAGCGACAGAGGCUCCGUCAACGUCAACUGAUCAGACCUCGGAUACCGACACUCCUGCACCCGAAGACACGCCAACGAUCAGCACGUCUGGCUGCAAGGUACGCCGCUACUAG